AUGCUCUCAGCUUCGAGACAGCUCGGCCCUCGCGCCGCCAUGCUUGCCACCCGUCCCUUCCACACCUCUACGCGACGCAUGGCCGGCGUUGCCGCCGCCGCCCCUCACGUUUCCGCUCCUCUGCCAGCCAAGAGGCCCGUGGGUGCCUUUCGUGGAAGGUUUUCUACCAUCAACAGCCUGUUCGGCUUCCUCCUCGGUACCGCCCUGUCCGGUAGCGUCGUCUACACCUACCUGAUUGGCGAGUACAAGACGUCCAACGAUCUCCUCAGCGAGGAUAUCUACACUCUGCAAGCCUCCGUCUCCCGUCUCACCAGCUACGUUCAGAACCUUGAGCAACGCUUGGUGGAGAAGAAGAAAUAG